AUGGGCAAGAUAAUCUUCUACGAGGAGAGGAACUUCCAGGGUCGCUCCUAUGAGUGCAUGAGCGACUGCUCCGACAUGACCUCCUACCUGAGCAAGUGCACCUCCUGCAGGGUGGAGAGCGGCUGCUUCAUGGUCUACGACCGCCCCAACUACAUGGGGAACCAGUACUUCAUGAGGAGAGGAGAGUACGCCGACUACGUGGCUUUCGGCAUGAGUGACUCCAUCCGAUCCUGCCGUUUGGUUCCUCAGCACAGAGGCUCUUACAGGAUGAGGAUCUACGAGAAGGAGAACUUCCAGGGCCAGAGUCACGAGCUGAUGGACGACUGCGACAACAUCCAGGACCGCUACAGCAUGAACGAGUGCCAGUCCGCCAACGUGAUGGACGGCCACUGGCUGAUGUACGAGCAGCCCCAGUACAGAGGCAAGAUGAUGUACCUGAGACCCGGAGAGUACAGGAGCAUGAGAGAUCAGGGAUUCAGCGGCAUGAGGCUCAGCUCCGUCAGGCGUAUAAUGGAUUCUUGCUGA